AUGGACAUGAUGGCUUUCACAUUGGUAAUCGCCGCCAGACGGCUGAGGCCAUACUUCCAAACCCACCCAAUGAAGGUGCUCAUUGAUACGCCCCUUAAGAAGAUCUUGCAGAGACCAGACACUUCCGGCCACCUGAUGAGCGACACUUCCGACUUCGUGCCUGAAUUCGCCAACUUCCUGGUGGAAAUACUUGUAGCACCCACAGGAAAGUCCUGGCUAGUCUUCCUUGAUUAUUCGUCCUGCUGGGCUGGAGGGGGUGUGGGGGUGCACAUCAUCACAGAAUCUGGUGAAGAGCACAAUUAUGCAAUCAAGCUCACCUUCAAGUUGACUAACAAUGUAGUUGAGUAUAAAGCAUUGCUAACCUGGCUGUCGAUAGCCCGAAUGUUAAGGGAAACAGAGGUAGAAUUCAAGGCUGACUCCCAAGUGCUCAAUAACCAAGUGUGGGGUGAGUUCGCCAUGAAGGGUGAAAAGCUGAAGAAAUAUUUACAGCUAGUAAGGGAAAAGCGUAACUCUUUCCGUUACUUCCACAUUCAACAAGUACCAAUGAAGGAAAACCAAAAGACUGACAAACUAGCACAAGCUAUGUCAGGACAAGAAGACUCGCGCCUGCCGGAACACACCAUAGCUCAGAAGGUGAAUUUCCCCUCCAUAGAGGCCGAGGUCUCAAUUGUCUGGCCAAGAGAACCGAAAAUGGCGCUGGACAUGAUAAAGUACCUUGACACCAAUGAAGUACCGAGUGACAAAGGGGAAGCACGAAAAGUCAGGAACAGAGCAACAUGUUUUAUGUUGAUAGACGGGGUCUUGUAUAGGAGAGGCUUAUUUGAACCGCUCCUGAGAUGGGUCUCGUCGAAAGAAAUCCAAUAUGUAUUGAUCGAGAUACAUAAGGGCAUCUUCGGAAACCACUCUGGAGGUAGAGCACUAGCUGAAAAGGUAAUGAGGGUUAGGUACUAUUGGCCCCACACUCUCAAGGAUGCAGAAGAUUUUGUCAGGAGAUGUUCAAAGUGUCAACACACACGUCAAUUCCGCAUUGCCCACCAAAAGAGUUGGUAUCAAUCAUGUCCCCAUGGCCUUUCACGUAGUGGAGGCUGGAUUAAGUCAGACCCCUACCCUCGAGCAAAGGAGGGGUAGAAUUCGUGGUACUUGGGCUAUCAAGAGGUUCUUAUGGAAAUUCAUUAUCUACCACUUUGGCAUCCCAUAAAGCAUCAUAUCGAAUAAUGGACGGCAGUUCGAUUCCCAUCACUACCGAGUAUGGUGUAC